UGUUGAUGAUGCCCUUUUUAGUGUAGUGCAACGUAUAUAAGCUACAUAUUAUGCAGCCAAUGGGAUGAACAUUAAGCUUACUCAAUGUUUCUUUUCUCCCCAGUGGGAGAAAGAAGAGAUCAGGAGAGAUCAGGUGUGGAACCAGAGAUUAUACCAGGGCUUCUGUGGGUAUAGAUGUGUGCAACCAGAAAAAGCGGCUUUCAUUCAAGCUUCUAAAACAACCGUGCUGCUGCUUUGACUAAGAGACUUCAAACAGGAUUACUGUCAGAAAAAUCUUGGACUGAAACAGGCAACUUUAGAUUUGAGAAGAAUACAUCAAAGCUACUACGUGAGCUUGACACCUGCCAUUACACUCAGUAAACCGGAGAAGGGCUUCACAGCAGAUGUUCGUAGCAAGUCUUUCCAUAACAGAAGACAAAGAGAAGAUGAGUUGCUUCAAAUUUUUGAAGAUGAUGAUGUUCUGCUUCAAUUGCAUCGUCUUUCUCGGAGGUGGUGCUAUAUUGGGAGUUGGAAUCUGGGUGAAAGUGGAUGGCGGUUCCUUCUUUGACAUCCUGGCAAAACUAGCGCCACAACUGAACCAAAUGGUGAAUGUCGGGUAUCUCUGCAUUGCCAUAGGGGCCUUCUUAGUACUGAUUGGUUUCCUGGGUUGCUACGGAGCUGUGAAGGAGAACAAGUGCAUGUUGAUGAUAUUUUUCAUCAUAAUACUACUGAUCUUCAUAGCUCAGAUUGCGGGUGCUGUGGUUGUCCUUGCAUUCUCUGGCUUGGCUGAUAUUUUUGUUGGUUACAUUCAGAUCUGGGCAGUGAAAUCAAUCAAAGAUGAAUAUGGCAAAAGUUCAGACAUGACUACACUAUGGGAUGCAGUGAUGAAUGAGUUCAAGUGUUGUGGAUUCAAAAACUUUGACGAUUUUACAAACUCACCUUUCUACAAUGAUACGUCGUCUAAGUAUCCCCAGCAAUGCUGCAAGACUCAAUCUCAUUGUUUAGGUGCCAACAUUAAGAAUUCUGUGCCGGGUUGUUACCACUCACUUCUUGACUUUUUGAAGACAAACACCAAGGUUCUUGGAAUCGUGGCUUUGGGAAUUUGUGCACUGGAGAUAGGUGCAAUGGCAGCAUCCAUGAUAAUGUACUGUCAAAUCAAAAAAGACGAAAAAAGCGUAUGAAUAUGGAGAAGGAAUUAUAUACUUACCAUUUUACUUUACAAUUUGUGUUUUGUUAAAUUGCGUUGGUUUAAUAUUAGGUAAAAGAAUGUUUUUUGCCAAUAAACUAGAAAGCUUUGCAAUGCCUGUCUAUCAAUAUACAUUGUGUGCAUAAGGUAUCAGUGGAACAAGAAUGUGAUCUCUUCCAGCCAUGAUCCCAUUGUUAUUAAGGUUUCCUAAUACCUGGGUUUUGGACUGAGUCCCAUUUUCCCAGCGUAAUGGAAUUAUGAAAACUGUUACAAUAUAGUGACGUUCAUUAUUGUAAUCUUUAAAGUUUGUAAUUAAUUUUUAUUAUCAGCAAAGCCAAUUACAGAUAUCCAAUAGCAACUCUGGCUAUAACUAAAACCUGCCUCCUGCCUUUCAUCAAGAAAAUAAUUAAAGACGUUGAAUAAAAAGACUGGAGCCUGCACUUAGCAAACUGUCCAUUAUGGUAAUUGUCUCAUUUUAUUAAAAUAAGUUGGGCAACUAGACAUUCCUGGAAGACAUUACAUCAGCAGUGUUCAUUUUGCAUAACUUUGGAUCGGAUACAAUUCAAAUAGGUUAGAUAGGAUUUGCACUAGAACACAAAAACAAACUGAAAUUUAGCUAUUCAGCAUCUAUUUUUUGGGAGCUGGAUAACCUCCUAACCAUUCUAUGACAAGCCAGAAGCUCAAAACACCUUUACUUCUAAAAGUGCACUGCUCAUCACUUUGGAUAAGAUUAUUUUGCUGGCAUCAGGAAUGUGUUUAGGAACAAGAACGUUAAAAUUUAUUUGUUUAAAUUGCUGCCCUUUGCUUCUUACAAGACCUGUUCUUAAUAAUUAAAUGCCCUGCCGUUUCACCUGUCUCUUGCUGAACUUGAACAGCAUUUACUGAUAAUUGGCAGGAAUGCUCCUAUACCCACCCAACUGAAGAGAAUAGGAGAUAUCUCAGAUUCUCCAGCAUCAGCAGUUCCUACUAUCUCUGAAGAGAUAGAGUAACAGCCUUACAUUAUUCCCAAUCUUACUUUUGAGGCAAUAGAGAAGCUCAACCUCAACAGCUAAAAAUCACAUUCCAAGCCAGCACUCACCAUCUCUCCUGCUCAUGUACCUAAAGUUUGCAUCAGCUCGCUCAUCAGCAAGGCUUUACCUGGACAGAUAGCUGUUAGUCUCUACAACAUACUCAUCCAAGGUCUAAUACCAAUGUUUACUUGAACUUCUAGACCAAAGCCUUUUAAAUAAAGCAACAGCAUUCCCUAGCCUGUUGUAGACAAUCCAAUUCCUUUCCACAUGUACAGCAGCACAAUAUGCUAAUAGUUCACACAUUAUACAAACAGGUUUCAUACGGGUUAGUUUAGAUUCAAGAUUUGCUUAUCACUAUUCAGUGCAGAUGAGACAAAAAUAGUUUAUUGUUCUGAUAGAAAAUAUCUACUAAACUGUUUAAUCCUUAUAAAAUGUAGAUUUUCUUUUGAUUCUUAAAUGCAAUGGAGGGUAACAAUCAGCUAAAAUUUUUUAAAACCUUGCUUAUAUCAGAAAAAAAUAAAAUCUAUUAAAAUAACAUGUUGCUCACUACAUAAGUGAUUAUUGCAAUACCUCUUAUCAAACAAAUAUAUUGUUGUAUUAAAUGUAAAAUAUUUUUUUCCUACAAAGAUAAAACUUUUCUUCUACAAUAAUGCACUUUACACAUUCUGCCAUGAAAAAGUCCCUAUAUUUCAGAAGUUACAGGGGUUUAAGGGCAGCAGGGAGAUGAGGGAAAUGAUCUGCUCCCUUUCUAAGUUAUCACUCCAUAGAGUAAUACAUUCCAACGACAGUGCUGGGUGAGCUGGAUGCCUUAUGAGAACAGUAUACAACUUGCACCUUCAGAGACCAGCAUUCAAGUUCAAAAGCUUUUACAGAAUGUAGAAUGACAGCCGUACGCUCUCAAAAAAGUUAGAAAUAUUACUAAUUUGUCUAGAAAGAUGCAGCUCAGUGUUUUUCCUAAACAUGGUUUGUCACUUCUUAAAGGUUUGCAGCAAAUUCAAAAUUGAUACAGAGAAAGUUAUUUCUAACUAAACAACUUGACCGUCAAUACAUUGAGAAAGGAGUACUUUCUUAACAAUGAAAUACAUCUCUGGAUUACUGAAUAAAGUAGCUGAAAAUGCAAUUAUGAAAGUCAGAAUAUCAUCAGACCAUGGUUCUCAAAUGCAGCUACAUACAGCUAUGGAAAAUAAGGAUCAACCAUCAAUAAUGACUUUAAAAAACAGCUGCCUUUAGUUUUGCUUGAUGUAUAUACUGUGAUGUGAUACAUUAACCUACAUCUCACUUAAUCUAUCCCAGAGUUCCAUCUGAUUUUUUUCUUUGAUGUUAAUGGUCAGGAGCUGUAGGUUUAUUACAGGAAGCAAAUGUUUCAUGUUAGAAAAAGCAGUGUAUUGAUACAAUAAUACUCUCCCUCUCAAAAAUAAACCAAAUUAAAAGUGCAACAGAAAUGUUACAUUACAAAACAUAAAGUUUUUAAAUUUCAAAAUAAUUCAAGAAAAGGAAUUGCAAAGUUCAAAUAGAACCUCUAAAGAAGUAACAAACUUUUUUAAAAAAGAACAAAUCUUCUGAUUGUAUUUUUAAUAUUCACUUUUCUGUAUUCACCUGCUAUAGCUUCUGAAUUAUAUUUGACAAUAAAUGAUUAUCUGAAUA